AUGAAGAAAACCGUGCAACGUGGACCUCUCUGGGAUGGAAGUGGGAAUCAACAUUGUGAAAAUUUUUGCAAGACCAAUAUGAUUAACCAUUAUUUCUGUGAUCUCUUUCCACUCCUGGAGCUAUCCUGCUCCAGCACCUACAUCAAUGAAUUCUUCGUUCUGGUCUUGAGUGCAUUUAACAUUCUGACUCCUGCACUAACCAUCAUUGCCUCCUACAUCUUCAUCAUUGCUAGCGUGCUCCACAUCCACUCUGUUGAGGGCAGGUCCAAAGCCUUCAGCACUUGCAGCUCCCACAUCUCCGCAGUUGCUGUCUUCUUUGGAUCUGCAGCAUUCACGUACCUGCAGCCAUCAUCUGUCAGCUCCAUGGACCAAGGGAAAGUGUCCUCUGUGUUUUAUACUACUCUUGUGCCCAUGCUGAACCCACUCAUCUAUAGCCUGAGGAAUAAGGAUGUCAAAGUUGCCCUAAAGAAGUUCCUUGAAAGAAGAAGUUUCUCGUGA